AUGCCUCUCCGUCAUCAACAUAUUGUGGGGAUACACUACGCUUUAGGUCCCAAGAUUGGUGAGGGUUCCUUUGGUGUCAUCUUCGAAGGUGAGAAUCUAUUAAACAAGGACGCUAGAGAACCGGUGGCUAUUAAAUUUGAACCAAGAAACUCGGAUGCACCACAAUUGAGAGAUGAGUUUAGAGCCUACAGGAUAUUGAAUGAUUGCCGUGGAAUACCGCAUGCUUAUUAUUAUGGACAAGAAGGGAUGCAUAAUGUUUUGGUUAUUGACCUUUUAGGUCCAUCAUUGGAGGAUUUAUUCGAAUGGUGUGGUCGCAAAUUUAGUGUGAAGACCACUUGUCUAUUAGCUAGACAAAUGAUCCAAAGAGUAAGAACCAUCCAUGAACAUGAUUUAAUAUAUAGAGAUAUUAAACCUGAUAAUUUUUUAGUGUCUGAAUUUCAAUUGAAUCAUUCAUCGUCGUCGUCAUCAUCGUCAUCAUCAUCAUCGUCAUCAUCACAUCCACAACGAUAUGUUACCUCUAGUGCUGAAGGUGAUCCAAAUUUAAUAUAUAUGGUUGAUUUCGGAAUGGCUAAACAAUAUCGUGAUCCAAGAACUAAACAACAUAUACCAUAUCGAGAAAGAAAAUCAUUGAGUGGGACGGCUAGAUAUAUGUCAAUAAAUACACAUUUUGGUAGAGAACAAUCACGAAGAGAUGAUUUAGAAUCAUUAGGACAUGUAUUUUUUUAUUUCUUAAGAGGAUCAUUACCAUGGCAAGGUUUAAAAGCGCCAAAUAACAAAUUAAAAUAUGAAAAGAUUGGUUUAACAAAACAAAAAUUGGAUCCUAAUGAUCUUUUAAUGAAUGGUGCUAUACCGGAACAAUUUGCCACAUAUUUAAAAUAUGCAAGAUCAUUAAAAUUCGAAGAGGAACCUGAUUAUGAUUAUUUAAUUGGACUUAUUGAAGACGUAUUAACACAAUGGAAUUUAAAGGAUGAUAAUCAUUAUGAUUGGAUGGAUCUUAAUCAUGGUGAAGGCUGGAAUAUCUUGGUUAACAAAAGAGCAAACUUACAUGGAUAUGGUAAUGCUACGCCGCGGAACCAUACUAAUACCAACAACAACAACAACAAUAAUAAUAGUAAUAAUCGUCAAGAUACAUCUCAUCAUAAUGAUACAUCUAAAUUGAAUAGGAUAUCACAAACAAGUCGCUCGAAGAACAAUCUCAACAAUAAUAAUAAUAGAAGAGCCGAAACACCAACAACAAGUAGGCCUAUACGUCAUACCAAUUAUGAUUCUAUGGGCACACGUUAUUACAACGGAAAUCAAUCAAAUAGAUUAGAGAACCGCCAUGAUAACUAUUAUCAUGAACAACAGCAGAGAGAAGGUAGUCCCGAUGAUAGCAUGUCAAUAGAUGAUCGUCAUGGGAAUAUACUGACACGGUUUAUUACAGGUAUAUGUUGCUGCUGUUGCCGUUAG